AUGCAGGCGUCCUCUUGCCAGCGCUGGCCUCCUCUGACCUUGUGUUUCUGCUUUCCUUUCCUCAAGAAAGAGAAAUCCAAAUCGAGUAGCAGCACUGCCCGAGAACCUAAUGGCUUCCCAGCUGACACCUCUGCCAACUCCUCUCUCCUCCUGGAAUUCCAAGGUGCUGUUUCUGCAGAUGAGAAUAGCAACCAGAGCUCCCUGUCAGAUGUCUACCAGCUGAAGGUGGACAGCAGCCCCAACUCCAGCCCCAGUCCCCAGCAGAGCGAGUCCAUGAGUCCUGCCCACACGUCUGACUUCCGCACGGACGACUCGCAGCCACCCACGCUGGGGCAGGAGACGCUGGAAGAGCCCUCCCUGCCUUCCUCGGAAGUUGCAGAUGAGCCUCCCACUCUCACAAAGGAAGAGCCAGUCCCACUUGAGACCCAGGUAACUGAGGAGGAGGAGGACUCUGGCGCGCCGCCUCUGAAGAGAUUUUGUGCUGAUCAGAACUCUGUGUGCCACACGGCCUCGGAGAGCUAG